UGCACUAGAUGUCAGCGGGAAGCGGAGGCUUGUCGUUUCAGCGCAGUACGUAGUGCACAUCAUUACUGACCAUCUCAGAACCAACACAUCCUCUUCAAAUAAUAAUUUUUACAAGACACUUUCAGAUUAAAACGCGCACGUAACGACGAAUCGUCGUUUGCUAUUUCGAGAGACACAAACUCGAGGUUUUGGGUAACCUGCAUCAUGAGUCAAAUACGCUUCUAAAACCGGGAUUUAUUAUCCGCCGGGGAUGGCACGUUCACGGUCUUUGGCCAUAGUGCUAGCAUGAACGCGUCACAUCCAGCGGCUCAGUGUCAGCUUCUAGGAAAACCUUUUGCCUCGCUGUCCUCGGAACACUAUGGCAAGCCUUUGAGAGGGGAGGGAAAGCCGCAAGUGGAUAUCAGAAUGUCUUUAAUCUCCGUUUAGCAAUGGAAGCUGCUGGAAUCGGUAUAAGCGUUUUCUCGAAUGAAUUAUCGGCGUUGCAUUCUCGGUUACUUUUACAAUGUCACAAUCAAGGAGAUCCUGUUGAGGCUUCAAAGUAUGCACGGACAUUGGCGAUUUUGACUGAUGUGCCAUUGUAGGCACAACAUUUACCAGUUGUUAUCCAUCGCUGUGAAUCAUUUAUGCUAUUACCUGCUGUCCCUGCUCCCACUGAAAUAUUGACAGAAUCAAAUUAAUUUCAUAGAGCAUCAAAUAAACAUUCGUUACCCGGUGUCAAUGGUGUCUCAACCAGAUUUACGCUGAAUCCUGGUGCGGAACCGCGGGAACUGAGUUCCGACAGGCUGCAUCUCGCCUUGGGAAGAACCUAUCACCAUCGAAGUGGAUAUGUUGACAUUAACGUGAAGAUGGGUUUAGUUUUCGGUCUCUUGUGGCUGUUCAACAUCUUUUUGGAGGGCAUUCAUUGCCAAGGAGUCUAUGCACCUCCUACAGUCCGAAUCAUCCAUUCUGGCCAUGCAUGCAACGUCGAGGAGGAGCGCUAUACCGAACGCGUCUACACCAUCCGGGAGGGAGAGACCCUGGAGCUAGCCUGUCUGGUCUCGGGCCACCCUCGACCUCAGAUCCGAUGGACCAAAACAGCCGGUAGCGCCUCGGACCGCUUCCAGGACUCCAGUGUGUUCAACGAGACCCUGCGUAUCACCCGCAUCCAGAGACUCCAGGGAGGACGCUACUACUGCAAGGCUGAGAACGGCCUGGGCUCCCCGGCCAUCAAGUCCAUCCGAGUGGACGUCUACUAUUUGGAUGAUCCCAUUGUAACUGUCCACCAGAGCAUCGGGGAGGCUAAGGAACAGUUCUACUAUGAGAGGACGGUGUUCCUGCGUUGCAUGGCUAACUCCAACCCCCCGGUGCGCUACAGCUGGAGGCGUGGCCAAGAAUUCCUGUCCCAAGGCUCGGAUAAGGGCGUGGAGAUCUACGAGCCCUUCUUCACACAAGGGGAGACCAAGAUUCUAAAGCUGAAGAACCUUCGACCUCAGGAUUACGCCAACUACAGCUGCAUCGCCUCGGUCCGGAAUGUGUGUGGUAUCACCAACAAGAAUGUCCUCUUCAAACUCUCCAACAAAACAGCAUCCCCCACCAUUAAGCUGCUGGUGGAGGACCCCAUCGUGGUGAACCCCGGGCAGACCGUGACCCUGGUGUGUGUGACCUCCGGGGGUGAUCCCACACCCACACUUACCUGGGUGCACAGCGCAGACGAGCUGCCCAAGAAGAGCGUCCUUAACGGAGGGACCCUCACGUUGCCCGCCAUCUCCAUAGAAGAAGCAGGCGUUUACAGCUGUGUGGCCAGCAACAACGUGGGCAACCCGGCUAAGAAGUCUACUACCAUUGUGGUCCGAGGCCUAAAGAAGGGGCGGUUCUGGAUCACGCCCGACCCGUACCACAACGACGACAACAUCCAGAUUGGCCGUGAGGUUAAGAUUUCAUGCCAGGUGGAGGCCACGCCCCCAGAGGAGCUUCUGUUCAGUUGGCUGAAGAACGGACGGCCGCUGCGCAGCUCAGAGCGCAUGGUCAUCACCCACACUGACCCGGAAGUCCAGCCAGGCACCACCAACCUGGACAUCAUCGACCUCAAGUUCACCGACUUCGGCACCUACACCUGUGUGGCAGUGCUGAAGAACGGCGGCAUCCCCGAGAUCAGCAUCGACGUCAAUAUCUCUUCGACCACAGUUCCCCCGGAAUUAACGGUGCCACAGGACAAAUCCCCCUUGGUGGUCCAGGAGGGUGACACGGUGGAACUCCAGUGCUUGGUCUCCGGGAAGCCUAAGCCCAUCAUCCUCUGGUCGAGGGCCGACAAAGAGGUGCCCAUGCCCGACGGCGGCCUUCAGACAGAGAGCUACGACGGCGCACUGCGCAUCGUGAAUGUGUCCCGCGAGAUGACGGGAACCUACCGCUGCGCCACCAGCCAGUACAACGGCUUCAACGUCAAGCCUCGGGAAGCACUGGUGGAGCUCACGGUGCAGUAUCCGCCGGCGGUGGAGCCACUGUUCACAGAGAUCCGCCAGGGUUUGGGUCGCGCCUUCACCCUCAACUGCCGCAUGCUGCGGGCCCACCCUUCCAAGGUGCUCAAGUACGAGUGGAAGCUGGGCACCCGGCUGCUGACCAUGGGCCAGUUGGAUCAACGCGACGAGACUGACUACCACGUCAGAGCCCUCAACAGGGAGGGCUACGGGGAGUAUACCUGUGAAGUGACCAAUGAGGCCGGGGCGGGUGCCUGCAGGUUCUUAGUCACAGGGAGGGCCUAUGCCCCAGAGUUCUACUAUGACACGUACAGUGCGUUGUGGCAGAACCGGCCCAGGGUCUACGGCUUCAAGCUACAGUGGACCCAGCAGAACCCGCUGUCUGUGGACCGCAUCGUGGCCUACCGACUGGGGAUCAAACAGACGGGCCAAUCGAGGUGGUGGGAGCAAGAGAUCCCCAUGGAGGGAGCGAUCGCCAAGGGCGAACUGAUCACCCACAACCUGACGGAGCUCAUCAAGCCAGAGGCCUACCUGGUGCGCCUCACCCCCAUCACACGCUUCGGGGAAGGAGACUCCACAGACAGAACCAUCAGAUACAGUGCUCCAGUCAACCCUCACUUGAGAGAGUUCCAGUGCAGCUUUGAGGACGAGGCCGUGUGUAUGUUCACCCAGGACAAGAGGGAUGACUUUGACUGGACCCGACACAGUGCCGCCACCAGAGACACCAAGUAUACGCCCAACACAGGGCCCAGCAGUGACCGAGUGGGCUCCAAGCAAGGUUUCUACAUGUAUAUCGAGACGUCUCGACCACGCCUGGAGGGAGAAAAGGCUCGACUGUUGACCCCCACUUUCAACGUCGCCCCCAAAAGCCCCUAUGGGACUGUGACGUCCUCUCCAACCUACUGCUUUGGUUUCUACUACCAUAUGUAUGGGAAACACAUAGGAGCGUUAAAUGCUUACUUACGACAGAAGGGCCAGUCGGGCGCAGACAGUUCCGUGUGGACCCUGGUCGGGAACCAAGGAGACCGAUGGAAGCAAGCCAAAGUCAACAUUCACCCAACAGCCUCUUUCCAGUUGGUUCUGGAAGGAAUUCGGGGUCCUGGGAUAGAAGGGGAUAUCGCCAUUGAUGAUGUCACCAUUGAGGAAGGAGAAUGUAAAGACCCUCCACACAACAAUCUGAGAUCACUGUCUCCUCCCACCGCGCACCAUAUAUGUCAGUUCUUGGUCACACUGACCCUGGUGUUUGUGGGUCAUCAGAGGUGACCCCUCUCUCUCAGGAGGAGCAACCUGAUGCCGGCCCCACCCCUGUGGAAGAAUCUGCAGACUUUGACUGUCUAAACCCCCAAAACUACCAAAGAUUCACUCCUCUUCAGUCUUCAGGAGAGCAGCAGCAGUCCAGCGCUGGUCCAGGGUGGAGCAUGCAGGAAUAUAAAAAAAACUCAGUCAAUCUUGUUCCAAGAGCAUUCCAAGGUCAGGACUCCAGGGUCAGGAUGGAGAGCCGGGUUCUCCAUAGUAGACGUUCCAGUAGUAGGGGCUACACCUAAUCCCCCCCCCCCAAGGUGAAGCCAGUCGAAGCAGAGUGUGGGUGCCAUCAUUGUGUAUAUUGGCUCAAGGAUCGGAACGGAAUGGUACAUUUCUGUAAAGCACAAGGUCACAUGAUGUGGUCCCGUUUUUUUCUUUCCAUUUUCCAUAUGUUAUUCGUUUGCUGCUUGUCAAGGCCAAGGAAUAACUAUAAUUCAUUGCUUAAUGAGAUGGGUGUUGAAGAGGUUGAUUUUAUGUUAAGAGUGUAAAUGUACGAAAUUCACUCAAUAACCCACAUUGACCCGAAGCUAUUUUCUCAUGAAUAUGUUAGAGACUGCUAUUCCUCUUUGUGUUCUCGCUUUAACCCCUUUUAAAACUCAGAGGCUGCCUAGGGUCGGUUUCAACAAAAUAUGUAUAAACAAACACGUGCAUACCUUCUACCCAGAGGCUAAACUUCGACUGCUUAGUGCAUUAUAUGCAUAUCUGUAAGUCAAUUCAUCACAAUUAUUCCUGUGUUUUUUUUUUUGAGGUUGCUUAAAAUGUUGGUUUCAUUAAAAAGUGCAUACACUGGUUACUCUACUAUGUAGUGGCUGAACUAUGGUGUGCCUGAUGUAAACAACCUCUGGACCUUUGCACUCCUCCUCACAGUCAACUCUUAUCAGAUCCUUUCGACCUACUGUAGGGGCUUCUCUGUGUCCCAGAUGCACAUUAAAUAUCUCUCUUUCAUUAUCUAAACGGGAUUGAUGAGGAUUUUUAAAGCUAAAGUAGUCUUGCUUAUAUUAACAAUGGUUGUUGCAAUCCAGCCAUUUGUAUGAAAGGUUAGCAUCUCUUUAUUUCACUUUCUAUUACCUAGCUUCUCCUUUCACCUCCUGACCAAUCACUAAUCGGUCAGGUCACAUGUAGUGCUUAAAGACCAGGGCCCGGUUUCCCAAAAGCAUCUUAAGGCUAAAUUCAUCGUUAGAAACUUCUUAAGAGCAUGGUUAAAUCUCUGAGCUGUUUCCCAAAACCAUCGUUCUUAACGUGGCACUUGAAAAUGCUUGAAAUCUAACCACUAGGGUAGCCUAGUGGUUAGAGCGUUGGACUAGUAACCGGAAGAUUGUAAAUUCAAACCCCCGAGCUGACAAGGUACAAACCUCUCGUUCUGCCCCUGAACAGGCAGUUAACCCACUGUUCCUAGACCGUCAUUGAAAAUAAGAAUUUGUUCUUAACUGACUUGCCUCGUUAAAUAAACUUGCCUCGGACCACUCGUAGUACAUGUGCCUCGGUAGAUGCUUUUUUUGCCCUCCUGCGUCACUCUAUAAUCAGAAAAUCUCUGCUUAACAUAGAAUCACAUGGUUAUCUGCGCCGAUAAAGUUAGAUAAUAUCUUUCUAGGAGCUGAUCCAUCGUCAGUAUUGAUGAAUAAUUCUAAUGUUAAGGUAAGAUUUGAAUGGGUAAAACUAAUCAGAGAGCAACGCUGCCUAUCUUUCUAUUCUAUCCUAUCAGUGUUGACACGUCUGUCUCAACGACGCACUAACAUGCUGACCAGACCGGACACGUCGCGUGCGCGAGCGUUGCAAAAUAAAUGUAGAAAUCCAUGUUAUUCAAUUAUUGCACCCACACUGCUCGCGCACGCCAACGAGCGUCUGCGAUGCCAAGGGCUAAAAUAGAAGUAAUUCCUUUUUUCUGACGCAGAUCGCGCUGCAAGUCCUGCCUCUCCCAUCUCCUCAUUGGUUUAUAGAAGCAGGUACCCAUGUGCCAUCUCCUCAUUGGUUAUACCCACGUGGGUGAUUGAAAGACUAACUGUUUUGCCGGUCGUCUUGGUAAUACUAUGAAGUUUGGAUGCCAAUCACCAUAUAAGUUCAAAGAUGAAAAAGCAGGGAAGGAGGAGAGAUGACUAGAAACGAUUCAGUUGACCGUUUUAUGUGUGGAUUAAUUGUCAGAGUAGAGGACCUUGUGUAUUUCAGGUAAAAUAACAACUCAAUUUUUAUAUCCCAGGACAAAUUAGCUAUAAACAGCAAGCUAGCUAAAUAGGAUAAAUUAGCUAGCAUGUUAGCUAGCUAGCUAAAUUGCCAUACAUAUUUAAUGCUUUUCGACCUGACCCCAAAUGAAUGUAAUUGGUUCAGAGUUUGUUUUGAUAUUUUAACCUGCGGGUCGUGAUUGCUUUUGGUGUUGGGGGACAAAAUAAAUGUAUGCACGAUGGCGCACGCGCGCAGACAGUUUUGGUUCCGUGUUAGCAAAUGUUCUCUCUGCAUGGUGUUUUGGGAAACGCAUGUUACAUCUUCGACCGUUGCAGGAAAGAUGCAUUGUUAAAACACUCUUAAGCCUAAAUGACAUCGCUAUCAGGAAACUGGGCCCAGGUGCAUUGUUUUUACCAGUCAACUUUUUAAGUGUUUCUCAAACAAGCACCUAGAGAGAACAUUCGCCAAGUGCGCCAUGUGUCGAGACUGACAGGAUCGAAGGUAAUGCACAGCUGCUCUCGGAUCAGCUUUCUCCAUUAAAAUCUUACCUUAACGUUAUAAUUAUUCCACAAUACUGAUGAUGGAUCAGCUCAUAGAGAAAUAUUAGCUUUGUUAUAACACUCAAAUCAUCCUCUCCUAAUUUACCUUACUUUAAGGACAAGUGGUCAUCAGCUAGACUAGCGGUUAAGACCGAAAGGUCACUGUUUCUAAUCACCGAGCUGACUAGGAGGGGAAAAUCUGUCGAUUAUGCCCUUGAGCAAGGCACUUAACCCUAGUAAGUCACUCUGGAAAAGAGUGUCUGCUAAAUGUCAAGAAAAAAAUUACUAAAAUAUUACUGGAGGAAAUUCAAGCUCAUGUUAUUUUAUUUCAUGUUAUAGUAGUUUCUCUCUUGCAACUGCCAAGAUUAACAUCUGUUUUCAAUACAAGUCAUUGUCCUGACCUUUGAUUUCAGCAUGGCUCCAUAAAACACAUAAAUAUAUGUACUACAAAAAAAGAAAAACCUUGAAUGUCAAUGCUAUCUUUCUCUUCCUGCAUGAGUUGUACUCAUUGAUCAUGAUACAUGCCCAUGCAUGCUUGUGGCAGUCUUCGGAAGGUUACUUUAUGAACAGCUGUUUUUUUGCAUCUUUUGCUAGUCCUCUCGGGAUAAGAGAAGACGCUGCUGUGUGCCAUGAAAUCAAGUGCCUUCAGACUUAGUGGAAGAUUACGUGAAUGGAAAACCCGACAUUGGCUAGUUUACCAUCCAAGCAUUUGCCCCUUAGGCACAUUUUAUAGAGAUAGAAUCGAUCAUGCUGUAAUCUGCAGCUAACUCUAGUAUCAAGGGUCAACUCUGCAUGUGGUGGCACAGUGUCAAAUUAUGGAUAUCUACACAGCUCUCUUUAUUUUGACCUAGGAGAAUGACUUACUGCCCUUGACAGUCUAGGCUUUUGGAGUGGGACUUGUGCUCAAGCAGAGAAAGGAUGGUGGCCAAGCUUUGUCAGAGUGACUGAGCGAGAACGGGGAGCUCUUAGAAAUAAGCAAUGGGCUCUGACAAAAAAUCGACUUGUAGGGAGGGAUGCUUUUGAAGUCUACCAAUUCAUUUCAGCUGGACUCGCUGAGAAAGACAUUAUUGUGACUUCGUCCAAGGACUGUGAAAGGAAGACCUUUCAAGUGUGACUCUUACGGCUGAUAAUGGCCUUGGCUUACCUGGGUGUCUGUCAGUCCAUUAGAUCAGGCUGUGUGGUUCUCACAGACCUAUUUUAGUACUCAAAUGAGAGUGUAACUCUACUUUUACAGAAACUGUAAAGACCUUGGAACUACCUGAGACCAUGAGUUACCUUAACCAGCUGGUUUUUGAAAAAAAAAAAAAAAAGUAUUGUAAAAUGACUCUACUAUUGUUCGUUUAAAAAAAAAAUGUUUUGGGAGAAAAUGUAGAUUUCCCUUUUGAUUUUCUGAUUCCUUUUUUUCUUUUUUUUUAA